UACGAAGUUGAGGCUAUCGUCGCUGUCGCUAUCGUUAGAAAAGCUAAGCCAAGUCAAGCUAUGCGAAACACAAGUUGGAAUGAAAAGUGAAACGGUGCCGUAACGAAAGGAAAAAGACGCAAAAAUGGUGUCGGAAAAUUCUAUUUUGUACUAUCUAAAGGCUGUCGGGCACUCAACACCUAACUAAGUUGAAUCUUAGAAAUUUUAUGCACUUGUGCCGCAAGACAAGAAAGGAAAGUGAAAAUUUUUUACCAUUUGUGCACGUUUGCCAUGAAAACAACUGGAAAUUCAUAACUCCCUUGAGUGAAUGAUGUUCCUUUGGUCGGAUUAAUUCGUUGUCUUCUGUUAUUAUUUUUUGUCUAAAAGAAAAUAGAAAGAGAAUAAAGUGCUCUACGAUGCGCGUCAAAGUGGAAAAGUGAAAUCCUUGGAAGCAGUUUGAAUGUGUUUUUGCUGGUUUCCACAAGAGUCGUCUCGAUGAUUAUUAAAUCCAUUUAUUUUGAAAAUUUUGUGCAUUUUCCAAAGUUUUUCGGAUAGAGUGCUUAUGUAAACAUCAGCAGUGUUACGAACGAUGAAGUCAUACAAUCAAAUUAAGCGAGCUUAAAAGAUAAAUUUUAUAGAACUGAUUUAUCUGUGAUUAAUGAAAGACAGCAACUUUAUAUACUUUUUUACAAAGUUUCCAUUCUUCGUAAUCGACUGUUGUUUAGGAAUCGAUCAACUGUAACACUUUUUUCCAAAAUCUCUUAUUUCGUAUCCUUUUUGCUGCCUGAUAUUUGUCCGUUUGUGAAUUUUUCUACAUAUGAUUAUGAUCAGUCAGUAUUUGUAAGAUACGAUGGCACCUUUUAAAUUGAAAUUUCGCAUGGGCAGUUCGCGAAGUACUUCGCAAGAAGUAGACGCUGAUCCUCAAGCCAGCCAAUCGUUACUGCAAAAUUCCACGCAGGGUAUCGGAGCGAGCUGUUCGACACUUGAUUCGGUUGACUGCACUAGUUUGGGGUCAACGACGAAUGACAAGAGGUCCUUAUUGCCGAACGGAUCAACGACCAACGAAAGGAUAGGAUAUUUGAAUCCGGGCAUACUACAAUGCAGUGAGAACUCGAUACCACACAGUCCGCCGCCAUCGUACGAGCAUGUUUUAGAAGAGAAUCGAUUGGCAGCAAGCUUGGAGAAUAGUUCCAUGAGUAACCCACCAGCAACGGAAGGAUGCACAUCGCGGAUGCAGAGAUUGUCGCAAAAUCUAUCUAUUGAGCAAAUAUCUAACAUUUGUACGGAUCCUGAUUGUGACAUUGCGAAUGAUAGCCAAGACGACGAACGUGCCAGUCAUAAGGAAUCGUUAGAUUCAACCGAAUAUUUGAUAUCGACAAUGACAACCCCGUCAUCGCAUGAGAAUCUACUGGAGUGUACGGGCUCCUGCGACCCUCUCUGCGAGGCUUCCAGCCAAGAGGAUAUCCUGUGCGACGAACAACGCCAGCAGCAGCACCAUUAUUCACACGAAAUGGAACAAUGUGUGGAGGGACAAUCCGCAGAUGCAGAUGAACAGGACACCCAAGCCUUCCAUCACCAUUAUGAAAGCGAACAGGCCUGUAAUUUGUCGGACAACGAGGAGAAUUAUUCAGAUGCAGAAUGGAGUUCUAGCGAUCAGUAUUCGCAGCAGCCGCAACAAACACAUUUGCAACCCGAGCCUACCACCGAAAUAAUUAGUAAUAAAUCGUCGAAGAAAAUCUACAAAGCUGUGGCGAAACAAUGGGGUAUCACGUGUAAAAUGUCGGACCAAUGCCGCUGCAUGGAGUGCCAAAGUCAUUAUUUCGAUUGUGAAUUCGACGAUAACGAUCAUCAAAAGACAGAUGGAGGAUUAGGCGCUGGAACACCAAUGUUCAUAAGCGAGGUUAUGCAUGGCACGGCUUGUACAAUUCUCUAAAAUUUACAUCAGUUUCAUGAACGACAAAAACGGCCAAAAAGAUAAUUAUUAUAUUUGGGACAAGCCCCGAUGGAAUCGCCGCAAUUAAAGAGAACAAAAUCAAGUAAAAAACAUAAUGUAUGAAAAUAUGUAUGAUGCACUUACAAUGGAAGCAUAAAUGUUGUACGCACUGACUAGUCUUAAAAUAAAAAUUAGCAUAUUUGAAACAUGUGCAACAGAAAAGUGUGUUUAAAAAAUAGAAAAUAGAAACUGUGUAAUUGAACACAAAAAUAGUAUGUCUUUGAAAAAAAAAGUUUUAAUUUAUUCCUCAUACAAAUCUUGUUAGUAUACUCCAUAAAAAAAACUACAACAGAAUAUAUCCUAAAGAUACUGCUUAACCGAGAUCAAGCCUAACAGUGAAUACGCACAGGAAAAGUAAUAGUUGGAAAAUUAUCUUUAUUUCGUCCUUUUUACUUAAGAGAUGACGCAGAUGAAAAAGAGUAGGAUUGAACGAAAUUUUUAUAAGUGUAAAUGUACGUGUCAAGAAAUCUAUAUAUUUUUUAUAACCAACGACUUGAAUUGAUAAACAAUGAAUGGUAUCUGAAGCGGAGAAAAUCUACAAGUAAAAAUCCAUUAAACUAAAUUUAUAUGAAACUAUCUAAAUAUAACUAAGCUUUAUAAAUCGAUAUCUUAGUCGAGCACACAUGAAAUUUAGAAACUGCACACAGUGGAAAUGUCAUUGUGUUAUUUUAAAAUUUUAAUCUAAAUUAUAUAAUAUAGAAAGUUGAAGCGAAUAAAUAGAAAAAUAAAGAGAAUACUUGAUUCUGACUCGGACAAAAACUCAUAAAGUAUUUUCACAAUCAUAUUCCUUGGAGCAAAACUUGGACUUGAAUGCGAAGAAGAACGCAUUGUUGAAAAACUUACACCUAAUUGUAAGGAUUUAUAAAAUAUUACAAUUGAACAUUAAUCGCUAUUAGAAAACACACAUACACAUGCGAGUGCAUUGUAAAUUCGAACAAUUUGAUAAUCUGUUAUUUGUAAUUGUUAAAAGACUUCAAGACGGCCUUUUUAUAAUGUAUUGAAAGAAUUUGAGAAAAACGAUUAAAUAUUUGACGAAGCAGAGUAAACAUUUAUUAAAUAUUAAAAUCACAUCAUAGCAAGUAGGACCUAACAAAUACUACAGAAAGAGAGCCAAAUAAACUCACGAUUGAAAGCCUACAAACCAUUCUAGAGUGACGAAAAUUAUUGACUGGAAAAUUUAGCCCGAAUUUUUUUUUAGAUAAUCUUUUCUUUAAAGGUUGACACCAAUCCAACCAAUUUCUCGUAAGGAUCAGAUAAGCAGGAUCUGCGAAGGCUGUUUUUGUUCGAUUUCCCUACUUUUUGGGAACGCAUUAGGCAGCUAGAAUGGCUUGUAAUAUACGAAAAAUUGAAUUUACCGAGAAUUAAGCGGAAAGGGGAUGAGGAAUCAAAGCUUUUUAUACAUUUUUCAAAAUAAAGUCAAGCUAAACAUUUCAGAAUUUUACUCCAGUAACAUAUGAAUUGAAUUUGUCAAGCAUGGGAAGCUAAAUGUGUAUUAUACGAUUGUUCAUAGUCACAGAUUUUCGAUACUCUGAAAGAGAAAUUUACAUUUUUAAUCCUGUUCGAAAUCCCUUCCAACCCUAGUUAGGUAGACACUUUUUAUAAAAAAAAUCAAACAUUUCCUCCGCUUAUCAUUCAUUUUUCAUGUUGGACCUCCAUUGUGCCCUUACAAGUAUGUUUUACUAUCUUCUACCAAAUCCUUCAAGAUAUAUUAAUUUUUGGGCUUCAUAUGAAGCUCGUAAUACAACACGAGCUGAAACUAAGUUUGGUUACUUUAUAUUCAUUUCUG